CUCCUCCCCACCUCACUAUUCAACACUCUUCCUCGAUGAUGGCGCAAGAGGGCGACGAGAACGCCUACACCCACCUCAUCCUCGGGACUUCCCUGGCCCUUUCCAUCCUGUCGGCCUCCCUCUGCCAAACGCGGAAUACCCGCGUCCUUCAGGUGGACGCCAACGACUACUAUGGUGGCCCCAAUGCCUCUCUGACGCUCAAGCAGCUCGAGGACUACUUGGCCGGGCUGCCCAGCUCGAGUCAAGCACGAAUGACAUUUCCUGCCUUUGAUGCUCAAGGUCAGGCAAAGGAGAUCCCAUCUCAGCUUGCAGCGCUGGAUAGGCAUUACAGUCUUUCCCUCACGCCUGCCCUCCUCGCUGCUCAUGGCCCCGCGUUGGACGCUCUUGUUAGAUCCAAGGUGGCAAACUAUGCGACCUUCAGGCUGCUCCAACGGACGGCUGUCUACGAUGGCUACAGCGCUGAGGCAUCGUCGUCACAGUCUUCUCGGUUGCGUCCGGUGCCCUCGAGCAAAGAAGACGUCUUCAAAACGCCGGCGACGGUCCUGUCCCUCUUGGACAAGCGCAAACUCAUGAAGUUGCUUCAGUGGUGCGCGACAGCGUCCCUUGACGACAGAUACACAGGCGAAGAGAGUGGAGACGACCCGACUCUCGCUGCAGCUCUUGCGUCGCCCAAUCUCCACUCCUUCCUCGAAGCUCAGCAACGUCUGUCUCCCUCCCUCUCCACGGCAAUAGCCUACGGUCUCUGCCACUCUCCUGACGCCCGCUCAGAGCCAUGUCUCCCCGCGUUGAAGAGGUUGCAGACGCACCUACGCUCUACGGGCAAGUAUGGAAACGCUGCGUACCUCGUAGCUCAGUAUGGUGGAGCAGGGGAGCUGGUCCAGGGCUAUGCACGAGCGGCUGCCGUCGGUGGUGCGACGUUCGUGUUGGGGAGGAGAGUAGAGAAGUGUGAGAGGAAGGAUGGUCAGGACGUCUACGAUGUCAGAGUGCAAGGAGUUGAUGAGACAUUCAGAUGUGGGAAGGUGGUGGGCACUAAAAGAGAUCUCACGAGACUCGGGCUCCACGCAGGGCCCAGCAGAACCGCUGCGGAGGCGACGACUUCUACGUCAACGCUGCAGGGUCUGCUCAUUCUGGAUCGAGGCGUACAGAUGCCCUCAUCCGCCGCAACAGAGACGAGUUCAAACGAUGCUGAUGAACCACAAAAGCCAGAACCGCCAAUCGAAACGGCCCUCAUCGUCUUCCCUCCUCAUUCCCUGGCCCUCGGCGACAGCAAGGAUGACACGAGCCCAGUCACUGUCACGGCUCUCGUUCUAGGCGAAGGCACUUUCUGCUGCCCGAAGGGACAGUACGUCGUGCAGAUCACUGCUGCGGGCCUGCCUGCUGAGUCGCAAGGCCAAGCCAGCAGGCUGUUCGACGCGGCUAAGCAGGCUGUUCUAGGGUUGGCGAGCGAAAGUGAGGUCGAGUGGAAGAAGGAGCGGAGCGAGGGUGCAGGACACGUGGGCGGCGGAGUGUCAGGAUCACCAGCCGGGGCUGAAGCGAUCCUACCGCUCAUGGAAGCCUUCUGGCUCUCAGUGGACGAUGAUCAAGAGGAAAUCAUCGAAGUGCUAGACGCAGCCACUCCCACAUCGAGCCUCGCACCGACGACGACCUCAGCAGGUCUUUCACUGCUCUCGACCACCCUAGAGUCCUCCACGAACCAGGCAGAGUCCCUCUUCUACUCGCUCCACGGCAUCCUCACGCCGCCAUACCCGGACGCUACGGCACAGCGCAAGCGUGGCGGAAGGAGAAGAAGAGAUCCGGCUGAGUAUCGUGGAAGAGCGGGGGCGGGGCCUGAGGAUGAGGAGGACGAAGGCGAGGGCAGAGAAAGGGAGGAAGACAAGGAGGAUGAGGGGCCACUCUUCUUUCCGGUAGAGCAAAAGAGAGGCGACGAUGAGGAAGAGGAAGCAUGACGGGGAGAGUUCUACUGUACUGAAUACCAGCUCAGCCCAAUUCCAUUGCUGCAAGCACGAUCAAAGGGCGGGGAUGGAUGCUAAAUGAUCAUAGAUUGGAUCGAGGCGAGAUCGAGAAGUUAUACGAAACAAAGAGCGUAAGAGCGAGGGAGAAGCAAAAUGAAGAAACAAGAGACGGGCGACCAGGCGCCAGAAUUUGAACAAGGGUAGGUGUGAUGAAUCGAAGGUAGGGAGCACGGUGCGAUGGGUCUGCUUGAAUGCUAGUAAUACAAUGAUGAGUCUCUGGAACUGCGU